AUGCAGAUGCAGAUGCAGAUGCAGAUCCAGAUGCAGACACAGAAUGCUGACAACGACCGCGGACACCAAUUGGAACGUGCCCGUUUAAUCACUUCUCGAGUGGAGUUUACAAACAUCAAGUGUAUGACUAUGGAUAAGAACUUUACCGAGUUCGAAUAUUGCAUUCUAAAGGCGAAAAAUCGUACCUACAAAUACAUUUCGGGGAAGAUUAAGCUCUAUGAAGUUAUUAACAAAGUCAAGGUUAAUUUCGGGCUGUACAAAAGGUUUAAUGGUUACAAGCCUUUCCUUUACAAUCAGACCUUAGAUGCUUGCUAUUUUAUUAACCAUCAGAAGGGCAAUCCUGUCGCAAAGUAUUUGUAUGACAUUAUUAAGGGAAACACAAACAUUAAUCACACCUGUCCAUAUAAUCACGAUGUUGUUGUCGAGAAACUUUCUACGGAGAUCAUCAACCACCAUAUUACAAAAGUGCUAUCCUUCCCGGAUGGUGACUACAUGUUAAAUACACAUUGGGUGCUAAAUGGCAUACUAUCUGCCAAAGUCCAAGUCUAUGUUUCCUUAUCCUAA